CGCGGCGCCGCCGCCAUUUUGGAGCCGCCGCCGCUGCCGCUCCGCCGCCGCUGCCCGCGCAGCCCCGGCCGGCCCAGCCCGCGGGCACGGCCCGCAGCUUGGCCCGGCAGCGCCCGAGGGCAGCCCGGUACCCGCAGGAUUGGAAUCUUGCAAAGAAAUUCACACUGGAUGAAAACAAUUCGCUGAAGCUGGGUCUAUUCCAGGAACUGUAACCCAAAUGUUUCUCUGUUCGUGGAAGAGAUUUCACAUUUGAAGAAACUUCUACUGAAGGCAGUCGUGUCCCAUCACCAUGUUCUGGAAGUUUGAUUUGAACACAACGUCACAUGUGGACAAGCUACUGGACAAGGAGGGUGUGACCCUGGAGGAGCUGAUGGACGAGGAUGACAUCCUGCAGGAAUGCAAGGCCCAGAACCGGCGGCUGCUGGACUUCCUGUGCCAGCAGCACUGCAUGGAGCAGCUGGUCACCCUCAUCACCCACGAGCCCCCCGUGGACAUGGACGAGAAGGUCCGAUUCAAGUAUCCCAACACAGCAUGCGAGCUGCUCACCUCCGACGUGCCACAGAUCAACGACAAACUGGGCGGGGACGAGACCCUGCUCAACAUCCUCUACGACUUCCUGGACCACGAGCCCCCCCUGAACCCCCUCCUCGCCAGCUUCUUCAGCAAGACCAUCGGGAACCUCAUUGCACGGAAAACAGAACAGGUGAUCUCAUUUUUGAGGAAAAAGGACAAGUUCCUGAGCCUGGUGCUAAAGCAUAUCGACACUUCUGCCAUGAUGGACCUGCUGCUGCGCCUCAUCAGCUGCGUGGAGCCCACGGCACUGCGCCAGGACGUGCUCAACUGGCUGAAUGAAGCCAGGAUUAUCCAGAGACUUGUGGAGCUGAUCCAUUCGAGCCAGGACGAGGAUAGGCAAUCCAAUGCUUCCCAGACCCUGUGUGACAUCAUCAGGCUGAGCAGAGACCAGAGCACUCAGCUCCAGGAUGUCCCGGAGCCAGAUCCACUUCUCACAGCACUGGAAUCGCAGGAGUGUGUGGAGCAGCUCCUCAGGAACAUGUUUGACGCGGAGCAGAGCGAGACCUGCAUCGUGAACGGAACCCAGGUGCUCCUGACACUGCUGGAAACGCGGCGCUCUGGAGUGGAAGGCCUGAUGGACUCAUACACUCAGGGAUUCGAGAGGUCUUACACUGUCAACAGCAGCAUCUUACAUGGCAUCGAGCCCCGGCUCAAGGACUUCCACCAGCUGCUGCUGCGCCCACCCAAGAAACCGGCGAUCCUGACCACGCUGGGGGUGCUGGAGGAGCCGCUGGGGAAUGCGCGGCUGCACGGCUCGCGGCUGAUCGCGGCACUGCUGCACACCAACACCCCCAGCAUCAACCAGGAGCUCUGCAGGCUCGGCACCAUGGACUUGUUACUUGAUUUAUUUUUUAAAUACACGUGGAAUAACUUUUUGCAUUUCCAAGUGGAGCUAUCCAUAGCAGCCAUCCUGUCCCACUCAGUGCACGAGGGGAAGCCCAUCCCAGGGGAACAGGACAGCAAAGAGGAGGCUCUGAGCGGGAGCAUGGCUCCAGAGCCCCCAGUGCCAUCGGAGCCAUCAGAGGCCCCGGCCGGAGCCACCGAGAACGUCAUGGUCACCCACCUGUUCCAGAAGUGCUGCCUGGUGCAGAGGAUAUUGGAUGCCUGGGAAGCCAAUGACAAAAUCCAGGCAGAAGGCGGCAGGAGGAGAGGGAACAUGGGGCACCUGACCCGCAUCGCCAAUGCCGUGGUGCAUAACAUGGAGAAGGGGCCCAUGCAGGCCCAGAUCAGUGACUUCAUCAAAGAGCUGCCAGAGGACUGCAGGGGCAGGUGGGAGAGUUUUGUGGAGGAGACGCUGACGGAGACGAACCGGAGAAACACGGUGGAUUUGGUGAGCACCCACCACCUGCACUCCUCCAGCGAGGAUGAGGACAUUGAAAGUGCUUUUCCCAACGAGCUUACUCUCCAACAGGCCUUCUCCGAGUACCAGAUCCAGCAGAUGACAGCCAAUUUCGUGGAUCAGUUUGGCUUCAAUGAUGAGGAGUUUGCAGACCAGGAUGACAACAUCAACGCUCCCUUUGACCGCAUCGCCGAGAUCAACUUCAACAUCGAUGCUGAUGACGACAGCCAAAGCAGCAGCCGGACUGCAGUGACCCCAGCUCCUGAGCAAAGCUGGAUUUGGUCAGCCCUGAGCCUUGGUCUUAGAGGAGUGUCCCCAGGGAACCUCUGGAAUGUGAUUUCCCUUUGGUCCUGCAGCCCAACGCCUCCCUGUUUGAGGCCUGCUGCAAUGAGCGCAUCCAGCAGUUCGAUGACAAUGAGGAGGAGGAGGAUAUCUGGGAGGAGAAGGCGAUCUCCUACGCAGCCCAAGUCAAGUCCAGGACACGGUUUGGAACAACACAGGCGUCGGAGAGCUCCAAAAGUGACCUGGAGAACGGGGACCACGACGGCAGUGUGGACUCGGAAGAGGAAGAGGAGCAGCAGCCGCUCCCAUCCCUGCACAAGGGCGGCACCCCGGAGCGGAAAGAGUCAGACUCCUCCCAAGGGACUGGCUGGACAGCUGUGUUUGAGCCCGCGAACCCCACGCCACCCGUGGCCAUGGACGUGGGCUCCAGCGUGUGGGACUCGGCCACCCCGCAGAGCAACGCCCCAGAGGAGAAGGGCUGGGCCAAGUUCACAGACUUCCAGCCUUUCUGCUGCUCCGAGUCCGGCCCUCGCUGUAGCUCCCCCGUGGACACCGAGAGAGGCGGCACCGACGGGAGCCAGGCACAGGGCCAGGACAAGAACUCCAGCGCUGCCUCUGCCUGUGUGUGGAACGCGUGUGGGACACGGAAGGCGCCCCUGGUGGCCUCGGACAGCAGCUCCUCGGGCAGCUCCGAGAGUGAUGAUGACGACGACAACAAGGCCAAGGCUGCCACGGAAUCCACGGCACAGGAGCCCGGCAAGGACAGAGCAGCUUCCACCAGUGAGUCGGAGGGAUUGGCUGUGGAGACACUUCCCAUGGGAUCUGGGACCCCCCGAGCACGGAACAGCGUGGCGGCGCACACUGAUGGGCACCAGAGAGUGGCCACUGCUGUCACAACUGCCACAGAGACGGCCACGAGAGACAGGAGUGACGAGGCCUUGUCUUGCGCUGAAGCCACGUUGAACGGCCCCGCUUGAUGCCGCUGCUGCUGCCCUGGGACAUGUGUGAGCCAGGCCAGGCUGCUCCCUGGUGAUGCAAUUUGUCAAUUCUUUAUUAUUUUUUUUUUUCAUUUUAAUUUUAUUUUUUAAUAAAUGCUGCAUUGAUGAGAGCGAGCUGGCGUUCGGGACCAGACACGCAGAUCCAACAGCACCGAUCCGUUCGGAAAGACACUCGGCAUUGUCGAAAUGUAGCAUUGAGUUCAGUCCUCACGGGAAUGACGGGCUCUUCCCAAGCCUUCUGCCUGAUUUGAGUUGUCCCCUUCCCUGUGCCCCUGGUUUUCGUUUUGGAUUUGGGGUUCAGUGCUGUUUUCCCAGUGUUAUUGCACACAGUAUUCAGCUUCUCUUGGGAAGGUAGCAGGUCCAGCGGCAGCCGGGGCCAGCGCACAAAUCCCGCAGCCGUGCGACCAAAGUUCUGAUGGAGCUGUCCUUGGGCAGCCUUUGCACCGCUUUGUAGAGCAAUAAAGCCUUACCAGAAACAUUUCACGGGA